UUACAGUUAACCUUAUCUCCAUUAUCGGUCGUUUAAUUUUCGCCCAAAUAUAGCCUACUCCAGUUUCAUAGCACCACCUAGUGGACAAAUAGGCUUAUGCAUAGUAUUAUUAUUGUCAGCGUUAGUUUCAAAUGUUAUCUAACGAGUUACAGCUUCUGAAUUUGUCUCAAUAUUUCGACAAAAGAUGUUUUUAUUAUGUACACUGUACUUGAAAAUAUAAGUGAAAUUAUGUGAUGUUCAUUAGUUGUUUUAUAGACUUGUAAUUCAUAUCUAUACACCAUAAAAAGUUUUUUUGUCGGUGUUUAGUGCGAUUUAGAUUGUUAGCAUUCAAGCGUGUGUGUCGAUGAAAAGUUUGGCCAUUAUUAUUACUUACCUACUUGUUUUGAAUUGGCCAUCAAAUAAAGUACUUUUGAAUUUAAUUGAAUUGAAUGUUUGACAUAUCGAAUCAAUGAUGUAACAUUAUUAGAUAUGUAUAUAACACUACGCAAUAGUUGCAUAAUAGCAGGAGGCGAAUCAUUUCGACAACAAAUGAUUACACUGAAGUCUAUAAAUCAUACUUUUUUAUCGCAAUAAUACCAGCUGUACCUUAUGUGUUUACAAAAUGUGUGAAUAAUGGUAUUUAGUUGGAGAAAAUACCUAAGUUCGGAGAAUAGCUUCGGAUAUAUUUUGGAGGCGGAACUCUGUCGCUAUUCGCCAAACGCUGGUCCGGAACAAUAACAGCCGGACACCGUCUUCCGGUGUUUAGCGACAUGGAAGUUGAAAGUUUUGUCUCCAAAUCGCUGGAGCUGCUACGGGAAGAAAGAGAGGCCGAAUUGGCAGAAACUCGGUCAUUGCAGGAGAAUGCCUCUCUUAAAGAUUUACAACGCAAAGGCGUUUGUCUACUGAAGCUGCAUGUAGCCAGUGAAAGGACCAGCUUGUACGGACGCCUCCUUGUAGUGUUUGAACCGCGAAAGCACGUGGCCAGUUCCACCUUGCCGAGCAACAGCUUCAGCCCUGGAGACAUCGUGGGCGUGUACGACACGGCCGGAAUCAGUGCGGCCUCGCAGCUGGGCACGGGGGUGGUGACGCGCGUGACCCAGUCGGCUGUAUCUGUGGCGUUUGACGAGUCUCAUGAUGGCCUUGGUUUGGAUGGGGAAGCUCUUUACAAUCUCCUGAAACUAGCCAAUGACGUUACCUACAAGCGCCUGAAAAAUGCCCUGACCGCCCUCAACAACUACCGUGCUGGUGUAGCUUCCAGUCUCAUAAAUUUAUUUUUUGGCUCUUCUCAACCAGGAACCCCUCUACAGUCAAGUGAUGUGGAGUUCUUCAACCCUGAUUUGGACGAGUCCCAGAGGGAAGCUGUGUCCUUCGCUCUGUCCCAGCGGGAAGUCGCCAUCAUCCACGGGCCCCCUGGAACAGGGAAGACCACCACCGUGGUGGAGAUUAUCCUGCAAGCUGUUCGACGUGGGCUGAAGGUCCUCUGCUGUGCUCCGUCUAACGUGGCUGUUGACAACCUGCUGGAGAGGCUGGUAGGGGGCAAGGCGCGGGUGCUGCGUCUGGGUCACCCCGCACGCCUGCUGGAGGCAGCGCAUAAGCACUCCCUGGAGGCUGCGCUGGCCCACGGCGAUGGCGCCUCCAUCGUCGCCGACAUCCGCAGCGACAUCGACAAGGCCUUGGCGAAGAUGAAGAGGGUGCGUGACAAAGGCGAGCGGAGUCAGCUUAGGGCGGAGGUGCGGGAGCUGCGGAGGGAACUGGCUGGCAGGGAGGAGGCAGCCAUGAGGCAGACCCUCAAAGGCGCCGAUGUGAUGCUGGCCACCAACACGGGGGCCAGCGACGACGGGCCACUGAAGGUCCUGCCCGCUGAACACUUUGACCUGCUGGUGAUCGACGAAUGCGGCCAGGCGCUGGAGGGCAGCUGCUGGAUCCCCCUGCUCAGAGCCCGUCGCUGCGUCUUGGCCGGAGACCACCAGCAGCUCCCGCCCGUGGUCAAGUCACCCGCGGCGGCCUCCAAGGGCCUGGGCCUGAGCCUGAUGGAGAGGCUCAUCCAGGCGCUGGGCGGCGGUGUGGUGCGAAUGCUGACCGUGCAGUACCGCAUGAACGCCGGCAUCAUGUGCUGGGCCUCCGAGCAGAUGUACCAGGGCAGGCUGUCUGCUCACGGCUCCGUGGAGGGGCACCUGCUCAGAGAUCUGGCAGGAGUGUCCAGCGCGGAGGAGACGGACACUCCCCUCUUUCUGAUCGACACGGCAGGCUGUGGCCUCUGUGAGAUGGAGGCCGCAGAUGAGCAGUCCCGAGGCAAUGAAGGUGAAGCAGACGUGGUGGCGAUGCACGUGGAAGCACUGACCAAGGCAGGAGUGAAGGCCAGGGACAUAGCCGUCAUUGCACCUUAUAACCUGCAGGUGGAACUUCUUAGGCAGAGACUCUCGCAGAAACAUCCUGAGCUGGAGAUCAAGUCUGUGGAUGGCUUCCAGGGCAGAGAGAAGGAGGCUGUGGUGCUGUCAUUGGUCAGAUCUAACAGGAAAGGAGAAGUGGGCUUCCUGGCUGAGGACAGGAGGAUCAACGUGGCGGUGACCCGCGCUCGGCGCCACCUGGCGGUGGUGUGCGACUCGCAGACGGUGCGGCACCAUGCCUUCCUGCGCUCGCUCGUGGAUUACUUAGCGGAGCACGGGGAGGUCCGGACGGCUUUCGAGUACCUGGAGCAUGCCGUGCCGCAGAACUACAGCCGGGACCAGGAGACUGGUCGGAAUAAGGAGGCCCGGACGCAGGGAAAGAAGAGGGAGACGGAGAGGAGGAAAGUGUCUGAGAAGAGGAGCCCGGCAGUGGAUAGACCACCGGCCUCCUGCACUGGAAGCGACAGGGUCUCCCAUCCCACCCUGGAGGGGCAAACAAAGGUCCGUGAAGAAGAACUCAAAGAGCAGCUCCUGGGCUUCAUGGAGGACCCAGAGAGGAGCCGCCUGGACUUCCCCGCAUCACUAAGUGCCCGUGAUCGCCUGCUGGUGCAUCAGAUUGCAGAGGAGCUGGGCCUGAGCCACAAGAGUGCGGGCACGGGCAGGGAGCGGCGUAUCACCGUCACCCGGGCGACCCACAAGGAGAAGGAGGAGGAGGAGGAGGAGGCUCCAGCAGAGGUCACACCCCCAGAACCACCGCAGGCUGACCCCGAGGAGCAUCUUCAGGAGGAGACCCGGGCAGCCAUCCAGGUUGACCUGAAGACCCUGCACCUGGAGCGCAUGAAGCGAGAGCAGGCCAAGAGGGAGGAGAAGGCCAAGCAGCGGAAGGAUCCCGAAGUAGCAGCUCAGAGUAAAACCUGUAAGAAGGCCAAGCAUGCAAACAAAGGAAAGAGCAGCAUCAAAACAGUGGUGCCCCCCGACGAGGACGACUUUGACACGCUCAUCGACGCUGUGGUGAAGGCUGAGAGCGUCUGUGGCUUCGGGAAGUGCAAAGCCGGCGUGCAGACCCUGGGCCAGCUCUGCCCCUUCUGCAACAGGCUCUACUGCCUGAGUCAUCACAUCCCAGAGGUGCAUGGCUGCGGGGGCCAGGCCAAGGCUGAGACCCGGAGGAGAAUAAGCAGAGAAGGGGUUCUGUAUGCGGGCAGCGGCCCGAAGGACAAAUCCAUGGAGCCCAGCAAAAAGGCCUACCUCCAGAGGAAACUGGACUCCAAGCUGAAAGACCUCGCAAAUCAGCGGAAAACCAAGCCAAGAGAAAAGGAGCAAUGAAUUAUUUAUUCUAAAUGAUGUGAAAAUAAUGAUAAUGGUGAUCAAGUAAGAAAAAAUAUCUGAAAUAAAUAUAUCUACUAUACAGACUUAUGUAGUAUGAUGCUGUCUGUCCCCUACCUAAAUCUGGCUGAUGGUCAGUACUGCAUUGCAUAUUGGACACUUUAUAUACAAAUUCUAUUCGCUAUACAUUUACAGUUGUGUGUGUCCUUGAAUAAUUAUGUACUAAUUGAUUUGCAGAUUUCAGGCAGUAUUGGCUCUUUGGCUUUUUUCUGUAUUUUUUUCUCCGUUGAAGCUGCAAAGGUCCCCUGGAUGAAGCCUUCGAGUGGCCGUUGCUUCCCUGAGCUGAUGCCGUUUGUGUUUCUCGUUCCAAAAGACGCAGUCUUACUCCCCAGCAUCAGCAAAAUAAUUAGCUGAAAUAUUCUGCAAUUAUCACAGAAUUUGUAUUAUGCCAAUGACAAAGCGCAGCAUAACCAGAUAUUAAGAUAAAAAUGCAUCGUUAAAAUGAAGUGAAAUGUGGUUGGUAUGUAAAGAUGAAUAUUGAUGAAGAAGAUUCUUAACAGUCAUGCACUGUCCUCUUCAAUCAAUGUGCUCCAGUCUCCAGUGAAAGAUCUUAACUUAUGAUUUUUCCAUGUUCCCGUCCAAAUUAGGAAUAAUUGCUAGUACUUUCAAAUAUCUGAUAGUAUUUUUGAGAAUCUUUGAUCUGGACCUUAGAAGUGAUCACCGUAUCUCCUUAACAUUUGAAUUUGGCCUUUGAAUUUGCAUCCAUUCGUUUUCCACGGCGACUUAUCCAGUGUUCACGAAGCAAGGUUCUGUCCCAGGAAGUUUAGGCCAUGAAGUUGGGGACACUGCACAGGAUGCCCAACCAGGAGAAGCUCUUAGCACAGUGUUUCCCAAGCCGGUCCUUGGGGUCCCCCAGAGAGCCCACAUUUCUGCUCGCUCCCAGUUCCCAGUAGUUGGGUGGGAGCAAAAAUGAGGAGUGCAGACAGCUCUUCCAUUGUGUUAAAGAAGUGCAUUUAGACGUCUUAACCUGGAUCCAUCGCCACCUUCAUCUUGUCAGGAUAAUCAGCAGCCCAAAUGCAUCUCGGCAGGGCCCAGUGCUGCACAGAUAGCACUGUGAGCUACAGCUGAUCAAUACCUGCAACUGAGGAAAGAUUAAUGACAGGGGGUGCUGUCUGUGUAUACCAGGAUUCAACCAUAGCUUCUGGUGUUCCUCUCUAAAGGGGCAAUAGCACAGAUUGUGGGUGGAAUUAGGAGUUAUCCCUGAGAUAAACAAACAAACAAAAUAGACCUAAUAAUAUCCAUAGGCCAUGACUAAAGACUGUCUUUUCUUUCUGUAUUCCAUGGGAUAUAAAUAUAUUUUCCAUGCAAUUGCCUCCACCAGCUACCUGUAUCCAAACAUACUAUUUUAAUUCUCCAGAACUAUUUAUUGAUUUCCUUUUCCAUUCCUUAUUGUAGCUCUAGUUACCAAUAAUAAGAGUGAACCCUUUUUUCUUCAGAUAUGUUGAUGCAUUUAUGUAAUUAGUUGUAUUGCUGUAUGAAUUUCCACUAUGCGGGCAGACAGGUGUGUUUCCUUGUAUCAAUACCAUCUGAAUCCCAUGGCUAGGUAUCCACAGACACAUGAUAUUACUAAACUAAUAGUACGUCAUGCUGUUAUUAAAGCAGUGAUUACCAUCUAUUCUGACUGACAGGUAGUGAAAGCAGCGAAAACUGUCUAGCACCAUUUUCAAGAUAUUAUGAACCAAACCAAAGAUGUACUUGAUGGGCCAUCAAGUUGACUUCAACUCCCAGUGACACACAGAUGUCUUUCUUCCAGAAUGCCAUGUUCCCGCAGGGGCCUCCAGCUCCCUCAAGGCAUGCGCAUUGCUGUGUUGACUCUUUCCAUCCAUCUUGCUGUCGGUUAUUUCUCCACCUUUCACUUUAAUUUUUCCCGAGCGUUUGUGUUUUAAGUGGAAAAACUCACGCUUGAUUUAAUCUGGAAAGUAAUUGUGUCCUGAUGGUCCAGGCAUUUCUUUUAAAAGUCCAUUAACAUA